GGGAUAAUAGCUCAUAUGCAAGCCUGUUUUCGGUAGUCUAACCUUACAAUAUAGUUCUCAAUAUGUUAUUGUUGCUAUGUUUAUGUGUUGGAUUGAUUCUUCCCGUAUCCAUCUCACAGGUGUAUAACUGUAGACCAGGUACGAGUCCUGCCUCCAACCCCUACAUAACAUUGAUACCAAUCCGCCCACCUGGUUGUAGGGCAUGCCCUCCUGCCGACUGUAGGACUCUGCCUCCCAUAGUCUGGGGCUUUGUGGCUGUGCUCUCCCUUUCGAUCGUGUUCCUAUAACGUGUCCCGCCAACAUGUUAUGUCCGCCUCCGUCUCCUCUGCUAUGCCACGACUACAACUAUCUCAUGAACUGCUGUUGUUGACAUUGGGGAUUUCUUUUAGUACACUAUAAUUCUUGGAAAUAAUUACAGCUAUUUUCAAUAAUUUUCUUCUUUUCAAUAAUUUAUUUGAUGAAAAUUUACUUUACUAAAUAAUAAAAUGUGGACAAUAUUUCAUCUAAAUAUAUCUUAUACA